AUGGGUGUGGCUGAAGCGUGGACGCUGCUCUCCUUAGGGCUUGCCGUCAUAGGCGUCCGUGUCUAUGUGCGAUGGACUGCGGUCGGCCCAGCCAAAUUUCAGUUGGACGACUAUCUGAUGCCUCUCACUGGGCUCGUCUUCACAGCCGAAACUGUGGCCGCCUAUUUAGUAGGGGCAUUAUUUCAAGGGCUGACGAAUAGUUAUAUGACGGAUGAGGAGCGUGCUGCUCUCGAUCCCAACUCUGAAGAGUAUUACAAUCGCCAAUGGGGCUCCAAGAUUCAAGUCAUUGGCUGGUCCUUUUAUGCGGCCAUUCUCUGGAUGCUCAAGAUCUGCAUUGCCGUAUUCUAUUCGCGUCUAACAUCUGGCUUGGUCCACCUGAGACUGCGCGUCCGUAUCGCCUAUGUACUGCUUGGCACAACAUAUCUCGUGGUGGCGCUUUGCAUCCUGCUCGGGUGUCAGCCAAUGCAUAAGUACUGGCAAAUAAACCCAGACCCUGGCAAUCUGUGUCAGCCGACAAACUCGAAGCUAUACGUAUUAGUGGUGCUGAUUCCCAACAUCAUUACCGACACAUACUUGUUGUCGAUUCCUCUACCACUGCUGUGGACGGUCAACAUUGGCUGGCGUCGCAAAGCUUCAUUAAUGUUGCUGUUCAGUGGUGCAGUAUUUGUCAUUAUGGCAGGCACAAUUCGUGCCGUCGUCAUCAUUACGUCCGGACCCGAGGGUGCGGUGUCUGGCAGUGAAUGGGCCUGUCGCGAAACGUUUGUCGCCAUCGUGGUCGCAAACUUGCCCAUCAUUCAGCCUCUCAUCCGCCGGGGAGCCAGCAAACUUGGCCUGAGCGGCAUGUUUAGCAAGUCGACCAAGAUGGGACGCAGCCAUCCGCUCGGCAGCCAAGAUGGCAAUGGCGAUACCUACGCGCUGACCAAGCAUACGGCACUGCGAACGGGCGAUGCAUCGUCCAUGGCCACGGCGAGCAGGAGCAAGAGCCAAAGCAGAGUCGGGGUCACAUCGCGGCCGUCGAAUCCUCGGAUAGACAUCACCAUCGACCAAGAAGUGACCAUUAUACACGAGGAGAUUGAUCGCAAGAAGGGGGAUAAUGAAUCGGACGAUAAAAUCGAGUACCACUCUGCCAUCUCUACUAACAGGGGGGUAUGA